AUGCCAGAGUGCGUGACCCCCGCCCGCACCUCCCCUCCACCCACCUCCACCCCACCACCUGCCAAUCUCCUCUCACCUCUCCACUCAUGCAUUCUCCCUGUGGGUUUCGAGGCAUUUGUCCAAUGCCCUCGCAUAAUCACCCUCCUCUUUGCCCCUCAUCGGCUCCAACUACUGCUCCUUCUCUCGUCAUUCCCUCAGUCGCGCCACAAUUUCAUCCCGCAACUUAUGAGUAGUAUGCACACCACACACCGCCCCGAAGUGACACCGCCAUCACCUCCGCAACCCCAACCGUCGACAUGGAAGGAGUGUGGCACGCGUCGUCGCGGUGUGAGCCAUGCCACUAGAAGCGAAAUCAAUGUGACAGGAGGAUUAGGAGGAGAAGGAGGAGGAGGAUGGUCUACUGAAAUGACGCAGAAGUGA